AGGAAAACUGAGCUGCAGCCCUGGUGAAACAUAAAGUUUAUUUGGGUAAAGUGACGCAAAAAUUCUUAAAGAGCUCUUUGGCAGCAGAUUAUCUGGAAAUCAGACCAUGUGAGGGGGGCUGGUGUACAAAAACCUCACCAAGGUGCUGAGUUGCCCACAGGCUGAGCUCCCGAGGCUGAAGUAAAUGUGGGUGAAGGUCCCUCGGGCUUGGAUAACUCCAAGGGAAGCGCUUCAGACCGACCCCAAACACAGAUGAUGCCUGUGCCUUCAAUCUGAUGGACUUAAGUAUGGAAGAGGAAUUCUAAAAGUGGUGGGAAUAAAAGUGUGGGAAGACAAGCCACGAGGGGACUCUGUGCUGCUGCCUGUCUGCAAGUGAUCAGAACAAAUCCCGGAAAAAAUGGAAAAACAGGCAACAAGCAAUGAGACUGAGCCACUGACUUCCAAGAAAGAUGUCUCAGACUGUAACAAAGGAGAAGAUUGUAAAGAGAACAGACUUCUGGUCAGGAACCCUAAAUCUGCCCUGCGGCUGGUGGAGGAUGGCAAUAAAGUCCAUCCCAGCCAGGGGGAUAAAGGGGAGGCUGCUCAGAUCUCAAAUGGUUACUCAGCAGUUCAGAGCUCGGCCCCCUGCAAUGGGAUGGGAGAGGUGGAGGAUACCCAGGGCACGGCCCCAGCAGCCACAACCACCACCACAACCACCACAUCCACCACCUGUGGGGCUGAAGGGCAGCAGCAGCUGAUGGAGCUGGAAGAGAGAGAGACCUGGAGCAAAAAAAUUGACUUUCUCCUCUCUGUCAUUGGAUAUGCAGUGGAUCUGGGAAAUGUGUGGAGAUUUCCCUAUAUAUGCUACCAAAACGGAGGAGGAGCAUUCCUCAUUCCUUACACAAUCAUGGCCAUCUUUGGAGGGAUUCCCCUCUUCUAUAUGGAAUUAGCACUAGGACAGUACCACAGGAACGGGUGUAUUUCCAUUUGGAGAAAAAUAUGUCCUAUAUUCAAAGGAAUUGGCUUUGCCAUCUGUAUAGUAGAUCUUUACGUAGCCUCCUACUACAACACCAUCAUGGCUUGGGCCUUUUACUACCUCAUCUCCUCCUUCACGGCGGAGCUGCCCUGGACCAGCUGCACAAACCCCUGGAACACAGGCAACUGCACCAACUACUUCAGCAAGGACAACGUCAGCUGGUCCGUGCACUCCGUCUCUCCCGCAGAAGAAUUUUAUACCCGCCAAGUUCUACAGGUGCACAGGUCUGAGGGGCUGGAUGACCUGGGGGGCAUCAGCUGGCAACUGACCCUCUGCUUGCUGUUAAUCUUCACCAUUGUGUACUUCAGCAUCUGGAAAGGGGUCAAAACAUCUGGCAAGGUGGUUUGGGUGACUGCCACGUUCCCUUACAUCAUCCUCUUCGUCCUGCUAGUGAGAGGUGCAACUCUGCCUGGGGCUUGGAGAGGUGUCCUCUACUACUUGAAACCCGACUGGCAGAAACUCCUGGCCACUGAGGUUUGGGUGGAUGCAGCAGCUCAGAUUUUUUUCUCCCUGGGACCAGGUUUUGGGGUCCUAUUGGCUUAUGCCAGCUACAACAAAUUCCAUAACAACUGCUACCAAGAUGCUCUGGUUACCAGCACCGUGAACUGCGUGACCAGUUUCGUGUCUGGAUUUGUCAUCUUCACCGUGCUGGGAUACAUGGCUGAGAUGAGGAACGAGGAUGUGUCAGAGGUUGCCAAAGACACCGGACCCAGCCUGCUCUUCAUCACGUACGCCGAGGCCAUUGCCAACAUGCCAGCUUCCACCUUCUUCGCCAUCAUCUUCUUCCUGAUGCUGCUCACGCUGGGAUUAGACAGCACGUUUGCAGGACUAGAGGGAGUGAUUACUGGAGUACUGGAUGAAUUCCCACAUGUCUGGGGCAAACGCAGGGAAUUGUUCGUCCUUGGCCUGAUCGUUGUUUGCUUUUUGGGGUCACUGGCAACCCUGACAUUUGGGGGAGCGUACGUGGUAAAGCUGUUUGAGGAAUACGCCACUGGCCCAGCUGUCCUGACCGUUGUGUUCCUGGAAGCAAUUGCUGUGUCCUGGUUCUAUGGCAUCACCCAGUUCUGCAACGACGUGAAGGAAAUGCUGGGCUCUGCCCCAGGCUGGUACUGGCGAGUUUGCUGGGUCGCAAUUAGUCCCCUCUUCCUUCUGUUUGUCACCUGCAGCUUUCUGUCCAACCCUCCUGAGCUGAGGCUUUUUGAAUAUGAUUAUCCCUACUGGACCACAGUGGUGGGUUAUUGCAUAGGAACCUCCUCUGUCAUCUUCAUUCCCAUCUACAUGGUUUAUCGGCUGAUCAUCACCCCAGGAACACUUAAGGAGCGUAUUCUGAAAAGCAUCACUCCAGAAACAGCUACAGAAAUUCCCUUUGGAGACAUCCGCCUGAAUGCAGUAUAAACACCCCGGGUUUGGGGGGAGAGGGGAGCACAAGAUGUCACUUUCCCCACACUCCCCCUACCAAAGAAUCCCCUUUCCAGCUGAAACAGAGGAGUUUUCCAUGGAGGCUGCAGCACUGACAACAGGCAUUUGGGAACGUGAUGCCUCCAGCACAUUCACCCAAGCAGUUCAAGGAAACCUCCUGUGCACUUCCAACCAGGCUGAACUGAGAACUGCCUCCCUCUGGAGCACGAGGACGCCUGUGUGCAUGGGAACAUCCCUGCUCCACUGUGGGCACCGGGGAACUGCAGCAGCCCCUCCAGGAUGGGUGGGAUUAGGUGUGAACCCCAGUGUGUGGCAGUGCUCCCGUACCUUCCUCAGUGUGGUCGUUCGUCCUGGGCAAUGUCGUAUUCGCUUUAAGGUCCUAAUUGCUUCAACUACAUGGAGAAAUGCACAACUACUUCUGAUAGCCAUACAUCACUCGAGCAACACAGGGUUUUAUAAACUAGGAAUAAAAAAAAUUAGUUGAUCCCCGAGGUUUGUAGUGGAGGAGACAGAGGGAGAGGAAACAAUCCUGAGCAGCACUACAUACAGCUCUGCACCCAUCAGCACUGGCCUCCUUUUCAUUUCCUGCAUUUUGUAAGUGGUAACAGUUUCUACUGUUUCUUGCAUCACAAGUACUGCAAAAGCAAUUUUUGUGAUGUUUUAGGCUUCACUUUCCUUUAGACCGAGUGGUUGAAAUACUGAGAAACUGAUUUCAUUUACUUAUAUCAUUGCUUUUUUUCUUCCAUUUACAUAUCCACCUGAAAACAUGCAAAAUAACCAAUAUUUAUCAGGUAGCUCAACAAGUAGCCAUAAAUUAAAUAUCAGUUUUGUACAAAACCCACUUAUAUGGAUACCAAAUGGGCUGCACUGCAAUUACAAAUGUUUGAGGCAAAAAUUUCCUUCUCUUCAGCUCACCUUCCACUCAUCUAUCACAUGAGUAUAUCCUACCCUCUGUUCUGAACAGUGAAAGGAAGUUAUGAAACUGGUAAAUUAGGACCAUCUUUGCCUUUUAAAGAGAAUUAAACUGGAGUUUUAGCUGUACAGAACCAAGUAUUCCCUCCAACUUGUACAUGAUGCGCCUGUAUUAAUUUAUGCAGCUGUUUAGUUACAAGUGUUGCAAGCUGAUUGUAAGUCAUCAGUAUGUGCCUUGUACUGUAAACUGUUAUUGUAAUAAAUUUAAUAUUCAUAAACCAUC